AUGACUACCGCUGCUAGACCAACGUUUGAUCCUGCUCGUGGUUAUGAUGCAGAAAAGCGUCGAAUAGAAGCUGCCACCUUGGAUAAAGAUGACAGUGACGAUGAUAGUGAUGAGGAUAGUGAUAACAGUAUAAAGGAAUUUGAUAAGUUAGAAGCAGAUGAAAGACAAAGACAAGAAGAGGCAUUAGCUGGAAAUCCCAUCCUUAUCAAAGUUUUCAGUGUUAAGAGAAGGUGGGAUGAUGAUGUAAUAUUUAAGAAUCAAGCGCGUGGUGUUGAUGAUAGGUCUAAGAAACGAUUUAUUAAUGACACUUUGCGAAGUGAUCCCAUCGUACAACAGCGGAACAGCGGCGAAAUGGAAAAAGGGCAAUCAGCUAGAGCUCGACUUGGAG